ACAUGCGCAUGCGCAGAUUGCCGCGCAUGGAAUCCAACAUGGCGGACGAACUUGAUUCUGACGGCGAAGCGGAGCGGGAGGUUGAGUUCAGAAAAUUGAAAGAUACCCACGAAAAGACAGGGUAUGUUGUUGGGAAGAAAGCUGGCAAAGAAAGCUCAUUGCAAAGUAGCUUUAACCAAGGAUUUACUGAUAUAUCUAGAGUUGGGAUGGCAACUGGGUUUCUUCGUGGCAUAAUAAGUUCUCUACUGUCAAAUAUUCCACAAGAAGAGAAAACAGUGCAUACCUCACUCAUGCAGGUGAAGUUAACACAGACACUUGAACAAGUCAACAAGAUUGAGGGAAGAUUUUUGUUGAAUGUUGGAAGACAGUCUAAUUCUAAAGUGGAAAACUGUGUUUGCAGAACAAAAAGAAACACAUGUCAAGAUGAUUUGCACCCAGACAAAGAGAAAGAUGGCAAUGAACAAUGUUGUACUAGGAUUGAUUCAAAUGACAGUAUUUCACAGAAAACAAUGAGUGACGAUGUGUCAAAUUUAUGUACAGAAAUAAGAAAUAUCUGGUUGUCUUUGAUUAAAUCAAUCCUUACUACCAAUAUGAACAUCAGCCAAGAAGAUAUCAACAAAAUUUCUAUGAAAUUUCAUGAGAUAACUUUUAGUCAAAGAUAAGUAAUUAUCGUACUGUUGAACUAUUAAAACAAUUGCAUAAAGGUG